UUGUAUGAGUGUAUUCAUAUACAGUGCCUUGUAUCACAAGAAAAUGGCAGGAGGCAAGAAGCAAUCAGCAGUUAAAUCGUCCAAAGCGAUGUUGAAGGAUGCCAGAGAAGCAUCAGAUCUUGCACUUGUCGCCAUUGAGGCACCGAUAGUGACGUCAUACAACGACCAGAUCAGGCCGUUGCUUGACGCGGUCGACAGGCUGAGGAACCUCAACGUUAUGAAAGAAGGGAUCCAGCUUCCGACCAUUGUCGUUGUCGGAGACCAAUCUUCUGGGAAGUCAAGUGUUCUGGAGUCCUUGGCUGGAAUCAGUUUGCCACGUGGACAAGGUAUCUGUACGAGGGUUCCACUUGUCAUGAGGCUUCAGCGAAGUCCGAACCCUGAGCCAGAGAUUUGGUUGGAAUUUGGGGGCAGAGUUAUCCGUACAGAUGAGCAGCAUGUUGCAGAUGCUAUUGUCUCUGCAACUGAUGAAAUCGCCGGAUCUGGCAAGGGAAUCUCAGACACUCCAUUGACUCUCCAUGUCAAGAAAGCCGGUGUUCCUGAUCUUACGAUGAUCGAUCUCCCAGGAAUAACUCGAGUUCCUGUUCAUGGACAACCAGAAAACAUCUACGAGCAAAUCGCAGCAAUGAUAAUGAAGUACAUAGAGCCCUAUGAAUCAAUCAUCCUCAACGUUCUGUCAGCCACGGUGGAUUUCUCUACUUGCGAAUCCAUUCGCAUGUCCAGGAAAGUCGACCAAACAGGUGAGAGAACCUUGGCUGUCGUGACAAAGGCCGACAAGGCACCGGAAGGGCUCCUUGAGAAAGUUAUGGCUGAUGAUGUGGGUAUCGGUCUAGGUUAUGUAUGUGUGAGAAACCGGAUAGGGGAGGAGACAUAUGAGGAAGCUAGGAAGCAGGAAGAGUUGCUGUUCAAGACUCAUCCUCUCCUCUCCAUGAUCGAUGACGACAUUGUUGGAAUCCCCGUUUUAGCUCAGAAGCUAAUGCAGAUCCAGGGAAUGAUGAUAGCCCGCUGCUUGCCUGAGAUCGUGAGGAGUAUAAACAAGAAGAUGGACAGCAGUGUUGUUGAGCUGAGUAAGCUGCCAAAGGCAGUGUUUUCUGUUGGGGAAGCUUUGUUGGCUCUCAUGGGGAUCAUCGGCUCAGUGAAGGAGUCCCUUGUGAAGAUACUUGUCCAAGGAGAUUUCUCCGAGUAUUUGGACGAUAGAAACAUGCACUGCACUGCCCGUCUUGCUGAUAUGUUGAGCCAAUUCUCAGGUGAUCUUCAGAAGCACUACCCAAAUAACAGUUCUUCUGAUAAUGGAUUCUUGAUGGACGAAAUCAAGGUGCUCGAGGAAUGCAAAUCAGUUGGAUUGCCUAAUUUCCUACCGAGAUCGGCCUUUUUAGCUAUCUUUAUAAAACACAUAGAGGGAAUUCAGAGCAGGCCGGUGGAUUUCAUGAGGGAAACAUGGGAAUACAUCGAUGGCAUUCUAUCGUCAGUCAUUUCCAAACACUCAGAUAGCUUCCCCCAGAUUCAGCAAUCCAUCAGAAGGGCGGGCCGAAAUCUGAUCUGCAAAAUGAAGGAACGAUCAGUGAACCGUGUGAUAGAAAUGGUGGAGACUGAGAAGCAGACGGAUUAUACUUGUAACCCUGAGUAUAUAUCCUCGUGGAACAAGAACAUAGCUCAACAAGGUAGCUUCAUCAAAUCCGUUAAGGAUGGCCGUGAUGCCUGCGACUUACCUGAAUUCGGUACCGUGAAGAUUUCGCAUCUUAGGGUUCACGGUGAUUUGCUGCAGCAGGCCUUUGAUUUGAAGAUGAGGAUCACUGCUUACUGGACGAUUGUCCUGCUAAGGAUUGUCGACAACGUUGCUCUGCACCUGCGAUUCUCGGUGAUCAAUUUGGUCGACAAGGAGAUGGAGAAGGAUAUCGUUGCGGAAAUGGUGGGUACCGACGGGAAUGGCGAGAUUCUGAGGAUGCUGGUGGAAUCUCCCGCGGUGGCAAGCAAAAGAGAGAAGCUGAAGAACAGUAUCAAGCUUCUGAAGGAGUCGAAGGAUGUAUUGGCUGCCAUUGUUGAUCAGAACUCUGUUUAGGGAGAUCGUUGA